AUGCUGACUGCCUUUUUAAAUAGCCAAAUCUGCGCCAUUUUUCGGGUUGUCAUUGCGCCGUUCACUUGCGACGUGGAGGAAGAGCGGCGGGGGAAUCGCGACGGGGCAGACCUUUCGCGUGAUGCCGCCAUUCGGUACGCCUCCGACAGCAUCGAGGUCGUGCUGGGCUACCAGCCUCAUGAGGUCCUCAAUCGCUCCUGCUGGGACUACUUUCAUCCCCAGGAACUGCCCUUUGCACGCACGAUCCACGGCCGGGGGGUACAGCUAGACAAAGCGGCCGUGUUGAACUAUUGUUCAAUCCGGCAUAAACACGGGUCGUGGGUGGGGUGCGAGUGCGUCUUCACCGUGGUAUAUGAUGUGUUGAUCGCGAGUACUACGGUGUACGGGCAAGGGAAGGGCAGUCAAAAGCGAGCGGUCGAUGCCCCCAUUGUUCGCCAGCUCUUCGAUUCCUCGCCCAAUGACCCGCGCUACCAUAUGCUAACCUUCAUAUCCAACAAAUUCUCACAUCGACUUGCCGAGCCCCUUCAUGAGCCCCGCGCGGCCCUGUUCGUAAACCGCUUCACCCGUACUGCGACGAUCAUGUACGCCACAACGGGUGUCGCUGAGAUUCUAGGUCUCAGCUCACAGCAGCUGACCUCCAAGAGCUUCUAUUACUGCAUCCAAGAGCGAUGUCUGCGCGAUGCAGUGCGAUGUCUCGAGAGUGCCAAAGCGAAUGACUCGAUUGCAUACCUCCGCUUUUGGUUUCGGAAUCCUCUGCAGGACGAGGUCGCCGGGGCCAAUGAGCACGGCAGCGGACUGUCCACUUCCGUGAUGGCCACUUCACACAUCGACCUAUCGCCUCCAAUUGAGUUGGAAGCUGUUGUUUCCUGUACUUCAGACGGACUGGUCGUCAUCUUACGCCGAGCAAGACCUUCGGUCCGCACUGCCCCUCUCUCACCUCAGCCCGCCCCAGCUUAUGCCAACGGACUUUUCGCGGCACCGUGGGCCCUCGAACCGGUUUUCUCCUACGGAGCACCAUCGUAUUAUCAUCCGGGCACGUCAGCUCCUCAAGAACCACACCCAGAAGUGAAAUCCACAUUAUGCCGCGAAGACACGGUGGGGAAUCCUGCUGCUACACACUACUCCAGUGCCGCCGGCCCUUCAAAACCCCCAUUCUCCGAAGAACUGAGAAGUGAGGCCGGUGGUCCUCAGGCACAUCACCUCAUGGAUACGAUCCGCGAUGUGGCGGUGUUUGCAUGGGGUAUUGUCGGUAUCAAUCGAUCGCUGGAAAGGCACAGGCGUGGGACUCCAACUGGCGAUGCUCUGCCGGCCGAGACAGAGAUAGAUGAUGCCCACGACAAUGAAGCUGCGGCAAGCCGUACCUGGGAGUGA